CCAAGAUUGCACCACUGCACACCAGCCUGGGUGACAGAGCAACUCUAUGUCAAAAAAUAAGUAAAUCUCCUGAUAGACUUUGGGUAUGGAGUAUGGACACCAGGACAAAGAUGGGGGUCCCCAGCCCUCAGGAGAUUGACAUGCAAGUGAGGAAGAGGCCGCUCAGCAGCCACCUCCUAGAGGAACCUGAGCUGUGCAAGGGCAGAUGGGUGACACUGACAGUCCAGUGACAGCCAAAGAGAGGAGCAGCUGGAAGGACCAAGAAGGUGGCGCAGGGAAGCUGAGGGGCCAUCCUCGACAAUCACAAAGCCACCCUACUUCACCCUUUCCUAUGUGACUCUAGACGAGGGCCAGGGGAAGUCCCUGAGAUGCCGCAGUAUGCAUCCACAGCCGGAGCUGUCCAGAGCAGGAGGGGCCAGCCCUGCCCUGGCAGGAGUGCUGCAGGGAGAUUUCCUGCUGCGUAAACCAGUGACCUCUGGCAUCCACAGGCUCCCAGGUUCUAAAAUUCCAUGGCGUGCCUUGAAAAGUAACCAUUGUUUUUGGUCACAAAUUGAUUGUUAGGGCUCUUUGAUAAAUUUGAUUGCACAGAGAAGCCAUGAGCUCUGGCCUGGAUUGCUUGAGUCAGGAGCAAAUGGGUCAGAUGGUUGCCUGGGGUCCCGACCUGAGCACCAAGGGCCCACCCCACCCCCAUCGGGUCUGAGAGCCACCCUGUCUUCUAGGCAUUGCCUGGGCGUCACCCCUUGAGCCGAGUCCCUCACCCCAUGGGGCUCCGGGACAAAUUUAGGGGCUUUCUGUUGUUGGAUCUGGAGAGGGGCAGACCACUGUCUUUGUAGGCUUCUGGAUUCUCCUGUUUGCCCCACCGUAGCUAAUCCUGAAAGUUCAAGACCUCAAGAGUCCUGGGUCAAAACAAAACAUGCAGUGCACAUAGUACCACAUAAUAUGCUUGUAAGGGGCAUAAAGCUCUGUGUCUGUGUCUCUGAGGUCGAACCCCAGGUUGCAAAGCUUAACAAGGGGCCGGAGGGCGACCCCUGCCCAAGGACACACUCAGUGGCUGGGGUAGAAAUGGAAGCUCAGGAAGCUUCUUAGGUUUUUCAGUCCGCUGGUUCUGUGUGUAUUGGCUGUCCUGGAUCCAUCAAGAGGCGGCUCCAGCGCUAGAAGGGGCCACUUUCUGGACUGCAGUACUGGGCAGGUGUGCUCAGCUCACCCUCUGCGGGGCAGCUGGCUCUGUGUUCAGCGUGGCUUGCUCUGAACAGCAGGUUUCCUCUUCUGCUUGCAGGAGUUGCUGUAAGAUCUAUUUUUCAGCUCUCAAACUUUCCUUCCUUCUUUCCAUGGACAUUUGCAUCAGAAAAGUCUAAGGUUUAUUGCCUGGAAUUGGGGUCUUUUACUUUUUAUAAAGAUACAGCACAUAAAAAUCAGCCCCUCUGAGAUCUCUCUGGCAGGUGAUACCAAGCUAUUGCUUUUGAUGCUGGACCAGGUUUCAUUCAGGUCCCUGACCUCUGGUGGGGGGCUGUAGUUGGUGAUUUAGUGCAUUGGAGGCAAGGUGAUUGGAUGACCAUGGAGGUCAGGGCCCCUCACUCCAGUCACUGCCCGUGGGGACUGCCCAGCCCCUCGAAUGGGAAAUGAGGCCCCACACACACAUUUCUGGGACCCAUGGUUCCCAGAGAGCUGCCUUUCCACAUGGAGAGAUGGCACAGGGGAACAGGCACCCUUUAUUCUGUCCCAGCUGGUCGCUGUCAGUGACCUUUUCCAAGUCAUUCCCUUGAGCUUUGGAAGAGAAGAAGCCUCUUAAACUCUUAGGAAGAUCUGCAGAGCUGGAUCCAAGUUCCCUGAGAGUUUGGGGCACCUGGGAAACCCAAGAAGUCGGGAUGGGUCAGUUGGCAGCAGCCUCUGCUCCCGGUAGGCUCCACACAGGCCUUUGUGCAGGGAGGGCCCAGAAUUGAUGAGGCGUCUGGUUACCAUCCUGAGACCAGAUGAGUCUGUGGCUGCAUAGGAGACCCACAUCAUGCUUUUGGGCCUUGGGGGAGCUGGGUCAGUCUCAGCUGGUGUCCUGAGGAGGAACUUGUGACAUAGGCGUUUUGAAAAGCAUAGAAAUAGCUCCAAGCCUGCCCAUCUCAGCCCCAGCCCUUCCACUUGUGUGACCCAGGCCUGCUCCCGCCCGAAGCCUCCAUGUUUGCAUCUGCAAAAUGAAGAUAAAAAUUCCUACCCUCUAAUCAGGGCAGUAGGGAGGAUCCAACAGGAAAGCAAUGUGUCACCUGCACAGGCCCCGGGAGCGCAGGGUAUUUUAUUAUCAUGAUCGUGUUUUGUUUUCUGAGGUGAGGCUCAGCCCAUGUACCUACCCCACCUCCCUAUGCAGUCCUAGGUGCACAGCCUCUUCCCCAGUGAGGCCCCCAAGGGCAGAACUCUUGACUUUGUUCAUCUUUUGUGGCCCUGCAGCACCUAUGUGCUGCCUGGUAUGGAGUGUGUGGAAAUCCGAGAGGUGUGAAGGAGGAGGAGAACGCAGCUUGGGGGCUGAGGGCUGUGGUUUGCACCUUGCCCCAUUCAGGGUACCUGGGGGUGGGGUUGCGGGGGAGCUAUUUAAUGCCUCUAGGCCUCAGUUUCCCUGUCUGUUGAAUGAAGAUAAUAAGUUAGUCCUGGGCCUGUAUUAAGGGUUUAAGGAGACAUAUGUAAUGUCUAGCACACAGUAAAUGCUCGAUACACAAUAGCUGUUAAGCUCAGCCUCUCCCAUAAAUUGUGAUUAAACAAAGUUAACACAAAACUGGCUGUCACAGAGCUUCCUUCCCAAGUCUCCCGGCUUUGCUCACAUUAGUGCCUGCAGUCCCUUUAACACCCCUGUGGUGAGGUGCCCAUGCAUCUCUGUAGCUCAGAACGGUCAGGGAAUUUGCCCACAGUCACACAGCUCUGGAGUGGUGGAGCUGGAGUUUAUCUCGAUGCUCUGCCCCACCACAGUAAGGUCCACCACUGCGGUGAGACCCUCCCACUGGGCACUGCCCCAUGAGAACAUCUCACCUGUUGCCUGGAAACACUGAAUUCUCCCCAGUUCUCUCUGGGUGGGGAAAUUGCAGGUAUCCUUAUUUUUCAUUCUCAUAUAGAAUCUAAGGUCUCUUCAUUUACUCAUUAACAAGGACAAAGGCAAACCUGUUGAAAUUGUGCUUCAGAACCCAGUUUCUGACUGCAUCUUUUCCCAGAAAAUGUCUCAGCAGAAGAGGCAUUUUAGGAUGCCGUGAAAACUUGGGGAAGGAAGGGGUUGUGACAGGAAACCAAGUGCUCUCUGUCAGGAGCAAGGACGUGGAGACUGGACCACACAGGCUGUGGGGCACAGAAGUGUCCCAACAGAGGUAUGAGAGCUCGAUGUGCCACCCCCUAGUCCCUCCCUCUGAAGAGCCAAGGGAAUCAUCCCAGGCCUGAGCAAUCCCUGGGCGAAAACACGUCCUUGUCGGGAAAUGGGAAAAUGGGGUAGGUGAAGUUAAGUCAAUCUGGUCCUUUGGUCUCUGGCCAAACAAAUGUCUCCACUGAUACUGGCAGCUUCCGCAGAGGUGACUUGGGAGGGUGCAGGAAGGAGAGGAGGGAGGCGGCCAAGUUUCCCUCUAUGACUGUCUCUUCAGCUUGGCCACCAUAAGAAAAUACCCCAGCCUAGGAGGCUUAAACAAUGGACAUUUAUUUUCUCAGCGUUCUGGAGGUGGGAAGUCCUAGAUCCGGUACCAGCAUAGUCCGGUUCUGGAGAGAGGGCCCUCCUCCUGGCUCUCAGACUGUGGAUUUCUCAUUAUAUCCUCACAUGGCAGGAGGUGGGAGGGGAGCAGGGAGAGAGAAUGCUUAGCAUUCUUCCAAGUGUCUUUAUUUUAAGGGUACCAACCCUGUCAUGGGGGCUCCACUCUCAUGACCUCAUCUAAACCUAAUUACCUCCCAAAUGUCAUCCCAUAAGGGGUUAGGACUUCAACCUACACAUUUAGGGGGACAAAGUUCAGUCUAUAGCGCUCUCCCUGGGGGUGAGUGAGGCAGUGAGGUAAAGCCACCUGGUGCCCGUGGGAAGCGAGGCCCCCUCGACAGUCAUGACCGUUGACUGAUCCUGGGUAGUCAGUGGAUUGAAGGAGCUGCCAGGAGUUGGGGGACCUGGAUCCAGGUGGAAUCCACUGUGCCCUGAGAGUGAGUGCCAGCAGGGCCUACCCUGGGGAAGGAGGGAAGAGGAGAGAUGCCACGUCUGCUGGAGCUUCAGGGAGGGGAGGCUCCCUCCAGUGCCCUUCCCGUCCCAGAAGCCCAUGACUUCUAACCUCUGACCUCCCAGGGCUGCAAGCAUUAUCCCUCACUGUGGCCUUUGUGGGGGACCCUGUUUGUUGGAUGCCCCUGGGGCUCAAGACACGCCAUGUACAUCUCUUCAUAUCCUCAGCGACGCUUUAAGGUGGACGCAGUCUCUACUUGACAAUUAAGGAAACUGAGGCUGAGUCAAGUUCCUGAAACUACUGGAAAGGGACAGAGUGGGACUUUGAACCAGACACCUCCCUUCAGGGCCUGUGCUGGCCUCCAGCCCACCCAGAGCUGGGGCUGGCAGAACUUGGAGGGAAUAGUGAGGCAAGGAGCUCACCCCACCACCAGGAUCCUAAAGCCUACAGAGGAGUGGGGGAGACGGGGACCCUGGUUCCUGGGUGCAAGGGUUCCAGAGAGUGACCUCUGCCACCAUCUUUGAGUGGCAGGCAGACAGCUACGCCUGCUGGGUGAGGGGUGGUCUUGUUCUUAGAGUGGGUGGGCUCUGGGAGGAGGAGAGGAACGGGAGAAGGUGCCCAUGUGGAAUGGAGAAGUGAAAGGGCCUUGUCUCAGGCGCUUCUUAGCCGCUCUGCAUCAGGGCUAAGGCAGCCACAUCCCUGCUGUUUGCUCCUGGGGGGCUGUCUGCCUCUCACCACCCCUCUGCCUGCAGCCCCCUUCUCUGAACCUUCACCACCAGCUGCCUCCCCAUCCUGGGGAAAUGCGCCUUCACACACUCCAGGCUGGCCGGACUCCAUCAGGCUCUAGCUUGGCCCCUUGUGAUUGCUGAAAAGAAGGUGAACCAACUCUGAAGCCUCACUACUCAAAGUGGGUCGCGGACCAGCAGCAUGGGCCUCUCCUGGGAACUUAGUAGAAUUGCAGAAGCCCCGGCCCGCUGGGGCCUGCUGAACUGGGUCCCAGGCCACCCAGUACAGCCUCAUCUGGGGCUACCAGAUCCCACUCCACAGCCCUGGAGCAUGUGAGGGACCCCUUUCCGGAGUACCUGGGUAGGAUUUCUGUCAUGAAUUCCCCACACACCCUAGAGUUCUGUAACUGGGGUGCUGCUCUGAGAACAGUUUUGAAGGCUGUGGAGAUAGCAGAUCCCGAUCACAAAGCCAGUCCACUUAAAAUUCAGGAGCCUGCGGAGUUGCCUAUUUGGAGUGUAGAGCCACACCUGGGCACCGGCCUGACCCUGCCAGGAGGCUGGUGGGAGCACAGUGUCAUAAGAUGGGUCUUGCAGGAGAGGCUGGAGCCCACCCGUGGUGGAGGGAAUCGGGAGUGUGCUAAUGAGGCUGUGUGAUGAUGUGUGGCUGCAGGGGCAUGAGCUCACAGGUCCAAUGGCUGGAUUCAUGUCCUGCCCUGGCUCACUUCCUCGAAGUGAGACUUGGGCAAGAAGUCAGCCCAGCAGAGCCCAGCUUUCCCCUGAGCUGGGGAUGGCAGUCGCACCGGGAAGAUGCAAUGGGGAAGGCCUGUACCGCCUGCAGCGCCGGACCUGGGACAGAGCCAGCCAGCUGGGACUUCACAGUCCCUGCUCUCCAAGGUUCUACCAGAUUCCGUCCUGGUGGAGAGUCAGAGCACAGCACAGCUCCUGCUUGUGUUGCAGUGGGGCCUGCUCUAAAGGGACAGGCAGUGUCCUUUUUCUACUUUGGUCACAGGGCCAGAGGUAAACCAGAGCCUGAGCGUGGCCAUCGGUUAACAGGAGACCAGUGUUCCUUCCGCUUGAUUUUCUCUGAUGCCCACAUCUGCAUGAUUCUGAGGAGGCAGAAUGUCAGCCACCUCCCCGUGCAAGAUCCUCAAGUGCAACUCUGAGUUCUGGAGUGCCACGUCGGGCAGCCACGCCCCAGCCUCGGACGACACCCCCGAGUUCUGCGCAGCCUUGCGCAGCUACGCCCUGUGCACACGGCGGACGGCCCGCACCUGCCGGGGUGACCUGGCCUACCACUCGGCCGUCCAUGGCAUAGAGGACCUCAUGAGCCAGCACAACUGCUCCAAGGAUGGCCCCACCUCGCAGCCACGCCUGCGCACGCUCCCACCAGCCGGAGACAGCCAGGAGCGCUCGGACAGCCCCGAGAUCUGCCAUUAUGAGAAGAGCUUUCACAAGCAUUCAGCCACCCCUAACUACACGCACUGUGGCCUCUUCGGGGACCCGCACCUCAGGACUUUCACAGACCGCUUCCAGACCUGCAAGGUGCAGGGCGCCUGGCCGCUCAUCGACAAUAAUUACCUGAACGUGCAGGUCACCAACACACCUGUGCUGCCCGGCUCAGCGGCCACUGCCACCAGCAAGCUCACCAUCAUCUUCAAGAAUUUCCAGGAGUGCGUGGACCAGAAGGUGUACCAGGCUGAGAUGGACGAGCUCCCGGCUGCCUUCGUGGAUGGCUCUAAGAACGGUGGGGACAAGCACGGGGCCAACAGCCUGAAGAUCACUGAGAAGGUGUCAGGCCAGCACGUGGAGAUCCAGGCCAAGUACAUCGGCACCACCAUCGUGGUGCGCCAGGUGGGCCGCUACCUGACCUUUGCUGUCCGCAUGCCGGAGGAAGUGGUCAAUGCUGUGGAGGACUGGGACAGCCAGGGCCUCUACCUCUGCCUGCGGGGCUGCCCCCUCAACCAGCAGAUCGACUUCCAGGGCUUCCACACCAAUACUGAGGGCACCGGCGCCCGCAGGCUGGCAGCUGCCAGUCCCGCACCCACAGCCCCUGAGACCUUCCCAUAUGAGACAGCCGUGGCCAAGUGCAAGGAGAAGCUGCCAGUGGAGGACCUGUACUACCAGGCCUGCGUCUUCGACCUCCUCACCACGGGCGACGUGAACUUCACACUGGCUGCCUACUACGCCUUGGAGGAUGUCAAGAUGCUCCACUCCAACAAAGACAAACUGCACCUGUAUGAGAGGACUCGGGACCUGCCGGGCAGGGCUGCUGCGGGGCUGCCCCUGGCCCCUCAGCCCCUCCUGGGUGUCGUCAUCCUGCUCCUGGCCCUGCUCCCUGUGUUCUGCUAGAUGCGUAGAUGUGGAGGGAGGCACAGGCUCUGUCCCCUCGGCUUCUCCAUCUGUGGGCUGGGACCGCCAACGGGGUGCAGAUCUCCUGGCAUGUCCCCCAUGGCCCCACAGAACGCCAGGGACCGCCUGCUGCCAAGGGCUCAGGCAUGGACCCCCCCCCCUCUAGUGCACGUGACAAGGUUGUGGUGACUGGUGCCGUGAUGUUUGUGACAGUAGAGCUGUGUGAGAGGGAGAGCAGCUCCCUUCGCCCCGCCCCCGCAGUGUGAAUGUGCAAAACAGCCCCUCAGACUGAAGCUCCCCACCCCCACCAGAGAGACACUGGGAACCGUCAGAGUCAGCUCCUUCUCGCAAUGCACUGAAAGGCCCAGCCGACUGCUGCUCGCCAAUCCGUGGGGCCCCCUGUGCCCGCCACAUGCACGCACACACUCUUACACGAGAGCACACUCGAAACCCCUAGGCCAGCGGGGUCGCCCCAGCCACACAGGCAUCCUUGGGGCUCAGCCCCAGGCAGGGCACCCCUGGGCCGCUGCUCGGCACCUUAGCGGACUGAUGGAAGCUUUUGGCCAGUAGGUGGUGCCCGCCUGGUGCCUUCUUGCCUGUGGCCUCCCUGCCCAUGCUCACCUGGCUGCUGUGGGUACCAGUGCAGGUCCUGGUUUUCAGGCACCUGCUCAGCUGCCCGUCUUUGACCUGGGCCCCCGCCCCUUCCACCCUGUGCUUAGAAAGUUGGAGUGCAUGAUUCUAAAUGUAAACAGAGAAGAGAUCCUUGACUUCUGUUCCUCUCUCCCUUCUGCAGAUGCAAGAGCUCCUGGGCAGGGGAGCCUGGGCCCCAGGGUGUGGCAGGAGACCCAGUGGAUGGGGCCAGCUGGCCUGCCCUGAUCCUCUGCUUCCUCCUCACAACCCCAAGAGCCCCCACCCAGUCCACCCACGUGUGGAGUCUGGGGAGAGGAGCAGGGUCUUAGGCUUCUCAGCCCUGAGCAUCCCUGGCAGGGUCUCCAACCUCUAAUCUCUUCCCUUAAGCCCUGUGGCCACACAGCCAGGAGAGACUUGCCACUGGCUCCCGCCUCAUUUCAGCCCAGGGUGCUCAUCCAGGAGCCCAGAACAGUCCCACCUGUGCUGCUAUGCCCACAGCACAAAGCCGGCUUUGCUCCCAAAAGUGCAGCCAGGCCCCAGAGGGUGAUCCCGCCAGCAACCCUACAGCCCCACACCCUCCCCACCCAUCAGCAUCCACGGCAGCCCCUCUGCUGUUCCCCAGGGACCUCUCAUACACUGGCCAGGAGGCUGUAGAACAUGUGUCUCCCCCUCCCUCCAAGAGGUCCUGCUCCCUCUGCCAGAACCGUGUGGGUGGUGGGAAGGCGCUCGGCGCCCGGCCCCUCCCUCUCCCUGCUGGUUUAGAUGGUCCCUAUGUUGGAAGUAAAAAGUGAAGCACUUUAUUUUGGUUGUGUUUGCUCACGUUCUGCUUGGAAGUGGGGACCCCUCACUGCGUCCACGUGUCUGCGACCUGUGUGGAGUGUCACCGCGUGUACAUACUGUAAAUUAUUUAUUAAUGGCUAAAUGCAAGUAAAGGGGUUUUUUUUGUUAUUUUCUUUUA